UCCGUGGAGCGAUUCGCUGACAGUAUGACGUUAGAUGCUCUCGGUAAGCCUCUAGAGCUUAUCUUUCACGUAUCUCCUCUGAUCCAAGGACCGACUUCUGGGAAGUCUGCUAUAAUUAACUAAUAGUAUUGAUGAUUAUACUUGUGAAAUCCCAUGAUGGGGCUCAUUUACUGACCAAAAUGACCAAAGUGACGGCGGACGGCACCGGGUAGGCAUUGGUUUCAUGACUGCACUUUGAGCUAAAGGGGCCAUUUGUCUUGCAGACACAGUUAAUGAAAUAGUGUGUGGGAAUUCCUUAUGUGAUCUUUUCCUUCUUAACGGUGUCCUGGUUCUGAGACCUAGAGUCAUGAUAAAUCAGAGCUCUGAUGAAGACCAGAACUAUACCACGUUUUACUUUUGUGAUCCCUACCCCUACAAGGAAGCUUUCAUAUUCUAUGGAAUUCUGUACCCCGCCAUAGCCAUCCUAAUGGUCAUCACAAACGUGAUCGUAGUGGGAGUCUUCCUGAGACAGAAGAAAAAGUCCCCCACCACCACGUUACUCAUUGGUUUGGCCAUUGCCGAUGCAGGGGUCGGGGCGGUGACUGUCCCCCUACAUAUUUACUAUCAUAGCCUUCAGAACUACAUGUUUACGAUGGAAUACCCUGGAUGCAUUUACUAUCACGCGGCGCCGGUGGUGUCUACCAUCCUCCACACAGUGUCUGUAUGGGUCACAACCGUUCUAGGUGUCCAGAGGUAUUUGGUCAUAUCUCAUCCUUUCCUAGGGCCAAAAUACUGUACGAUAAAAGUGUCUGUGAUUGUUCUUAUAUGUGUUUACAUUCUGGCCACUGUUAUGUACUUUCCACAAUUCUUUUAUCUUCAGUAUAAGGAGACACACGUUGAUAACGGGUACGGGUAUAUGGUUUACGUGUGUGAAUGUUGGCAAACGGAAGUACCCGCCCAAUACGAAAAUAAAUUAAAAAUUCUGAAAUUAUCCCUCGCCAAGUUGAUUCCUUGCAUUAUUCUGACUAUCACGACCAUUCUACUUGUUAAAAGACUCGACACGGAAGUAAGAAAAUCUGGAAGCCUGCAUGCAGACCACCAGAGGCAAGAAGGUGAAUCCCGAGAAACGCGGCUUAUUCGGAGAACCUCGCUUAUGAUUGUCGUCAUAGUUAUAUGUUGUUUGGCGGUGGAAGUUCCAAAUGGAUUACGACUUCUUAUUAAAACUAUAAAUGCUGAAGCUAUUGAUCCGGAAACGGACCUUUUCUUAAUAGCCGUUCUUAAUGUUUGUACUCUUCUUAACUUUCAUAUUAAUUUUUGGAUUUACGUUUGUCUUAGCCAGGAGUUCAGGAGGAUUUUGAGAGGAUUUUUCUGUCGAUGGAAUGUGAAAUAUCAAAAGGUACAUUUGAUAAGCCAAGGUUCUAUGAAAACUACGACGGAAAACUUGUAGCAUAACGUUGUGCAUUAGUUAUAAAUCUGACAGUUUCCAUAUAAAUCAAGCUUGACAGUCGCAUGUUUCAUUUUGGUUUCAGCAGCAAAUAAAGUGUAGUAAUGUU